AUGCUAUUCUGCUCUCUAUUUAAGAGAUCGCAGCUAACAUCGUCUCGCCGACGCCGACGCGACUCUAAACUACCUCUCAUGGACCUCUCGUCACUCGAGGGUCCUCCCCUCGCCGACCCAAGGGCCAAUAUCCCUAUUAAUUCCACAUUCCCUCGUAUCGAGGAAGAGCCCCCAACGCCGGAAACUCCGAGUCAUUAUCACAGUUACUUCAACCUCUACACGAAGCCAUUACCCCCACGGCCUGCCUCGGCGGACCCUCUGGACUCUCGCCAAUCACGACACCAAUUAUCAAAUAUCCAUACCGCCAACUCUCACACCGAUCUUGAUCCCUUAUGGAGUGAUAGCCAUCUACGACGCAUGCCCGCCCAAAGAGGCAGGAGGAGUCCUUCUAAUGAGUUGCGGCCUGGUGACGGCAUCACUGCUGCAGAUCCAGUACGAGAAGCCCGUUCCCGAUCGCCCCCCGUCAAUCCAUAUCUAUAUACUGAGUGCCGGGUGCCUAGACGGCCUCGAAGUGCGCCUCUCGUUUGGUCGGAAGAGGAGGAGCUAUGGGUAGUUACUGGGAGCUCGGCAUCGUCACACCGUCCGCAAACCCGGCAUAGUCGACCACCCCGGCUCGAAACGCAUUUGAGUGAACCGUCCCUAAGCAUUGGAGACAACAUUGAUGAGGAAUUGGAUCACGGCGCACUCUCGCCUCCGCCUUCGUAUGAUAGCCAUGGCUUUAGCCAUACGCACGUGGUUCGACAGCAACGUGGUACGGAGUCACGUUGGGGCGCCGUUGCGCGGCGUAUGCAUGGUUGGUCGAAUGAAUGA